UGGGUGGGUACCUACCGUGUUACCUCAUUCGAGCUGCCCGAGUUCACCCAUUUGAUUAUAUCAAGCAUGAUAUGCGUUGUAGGAUUUUGCCCUGAUUGGAUAAGACCGUAAAACUCAUAUAAAGAGAGACUGCCCAGCACGAAAAACAUGUACAACAGAUCAACUUGUACCCGAAACUUCGCAGACCUUGCUCUUCUCGGCAAACAGUCCUCGAAAUACAACCAUGACUGAAGCAGCUCCAGACGCAGUUGAAACUUUCGCGAGGGAGACCAAGGAGGAACUAAGCCUACCUCCUGAAGGGGGUACAAAGGGCUGGCUAUGCGUUUCCGGAGCCUUUCUGGCCAUAUUUUGCACCUUCGGAUUCCUAAAUGCCAUCGGUGUCUUCCAAACUACUUACGAAGAGACCAUCCUCCACAGCUACACACCCUCCGAGAUCUCCUGGAUAUUCGCCACCCAGCUUGCACUCAUGUGGGCGCCGGGUCCCAUCUUCGGACGGUUGGUUGAUACUUAUGGCGCAGCGCCUGUGCUCUACCCUUGUUCGUUUCUGUGCGUCUUCUCGCUUUGUAUGACGAGUCUGGCGGACGAGUAUUAUCAGAUUUUCUUAGCUCAGGGACUGGGCUUUGGAAUCGGCGCUGGGGGAGUUUUCACGACUGCUGUAGUAUGCAUUGGGCAGUGGCAUGUUCGUCGACGAGCGUUGGCUACCGGCAUUGCGACCGCGGGUAGCAGUCUGGGCGGGGUUAUUUUCCCUAUAUUUUUCCAUCGGGUCAUGGAGCGCGUGGGAUUCUACGGAGCGAUACGGUAUACGGCCCUCAUGAUUGGCAUUCUGAUGGCAGUGUCGUGCUUCCUCAUCACGGCAAGGCUGCCGCGCAAGAAAUGGGACUGGCAGGCAAAGUGGUUUGAUGUGACACUUUUCAAACAGAAGCAGUUUGGAUUAUUCACGAUAGGGUCGUUUUUAACGAUGUGGGCUAUCUUUGCACCUCUUAAUUUCCUUCCCAGUAUGGCGCAGCAGAACGGAUUCUCGCCCUCGCUCGCACUCUAUCUCAUAUCCAUCGUCAACGCAUCAUCGACGUUCGGAAGGACAAUUCCUCCCUACCUCGCAGACCACAUUGGCUCUUUUAACGUCAUCACCAGUAGUGCCGCACUGAGCGGAAUUGCUAUGCUCGCCCUCUGGCUACCAUUUAAUUAUCACUCUAGCCACACUGGACUGAUCUUCUUCGCAUUGGCUUAUGGGUUCUUCAGCGGGGCCUUUGUUUCACUUCUCAUGCCGUGUGUGGCCAAAGCCGGGAGCAUUGAGACACUCGGCAGACGGUUCGGUACUUUUCAAAUUAUUAUGUCAAUAAGCAACCUCACUGGAUUGCCCAUUAUGGGAGCGAUAUUGGUCCGACAGGGUGGUGUUGAUUUUUCGGGACUUCAGAUCUUUGCAGGGGUGAAUUGUAUUCUUGGAUCGGUUUUACUUCUAGUGGCGACUUAUUCUUUUGGGAAGACACAAGGCACAUGGAAGGUGUGA